AUGCAUCGCCUAAACGGCGUCGGCCUCGCCGCCCUCGAUCGGCACACCACCACCAACAACUCCUACACCACCCUCUCCACCACCCUCUCCCACGCCCAAAUCACCCACCUCCAGGCCCAACUCACCCUCUUCCGCACCGCCCUCACCGCCUUCGCCGCAAAACACCGGACUGCAAUACUCGACUCGCCGUCGUUCAGACAUAAGUUCACACAGAUGUGUUCAAGUAUUGGAGUUGAUCCCCUUGCUGGUCCGCGUAGAGGCGGGUGGUGGGCGGAGGUAAUACCGUGGGUGGGGGAUUGGGAAUAUGAAUUGGGGGUACAAAUCGUGGAUGUGUGUGUUUCCACCAGGGAACGCAACGGUGGUAUGAUCGAGGUUGCUGAUUUGUGUAGACUCCUAAACAAGCUACGCGGUUCUCCUUCCCCUUCCCCUUCUUCCUCCUCCUCUUCAAAUUCUUCUCCCCCUUCCUCUAAUUCCUCCCCGGUAACAGAACCCGACAUCCUCCGCUCCGUCAAAACCCUGCACCCCCUCGGCGCUGGAUACACCGUCCUCACCCUCUCCGACGGGCGGAAAUACGUACGGAGCGUCCCGAAGGAGUUGGAUCAGGACCAGGCGGUAAUUUUGGCGUUUGCGAGAGGGUCUGGGAGCACUUCUACUUCCGAUGACUCCGUCUCUACCACCCUCGGCUGGACACGCGCACGCGCUACGGCUGCGCUGGAGAACAUGCUACUCCGGGACGGCCUGUGUUGGGUCGACGAGCAGGAUAGGGAGGCAGAGAGGGUGUAUUGGGUUACGAGUGCGAUGAGGUGGGAUUGA